UUUUUUUUUUUUUUUCUUUUUUUUUUUUUUUUUUUUCCCCUCAUGAUUAUUUGGUCCACUGUCAGGGGCAAGAAGGGCUAGAAAACUGAAUAAAGAGAAAAAGUAAUCCUUGAAAAAGAAACUCAUAUUUUUCAGCUCCAAAAGACAUUUAGAAAAAUAAAAUAGAAGCUAUUUUCUACAAACACUUUCCUUUGAAAAAGAAGUGAACAGUGGCCAACCCACUCUUCAAUAGCAGAAAUAUUUUUUAUAAUAGGCUGGACACUGAAACCAUGAAGUUUUUUAGAUUUUAAGGCCUGUUCCUCUACUGAUUUUUUGAGUAUCUGCUGUGCUUUGCAGAUUUUCCUUUUCAUAUGUACUGUGUUCUGUUCUGUGGGCUGGGAUAUUAAUAGGAUUUGAUUUGAAGCACUUUCAUGAAUCACGUUGCAAGUUACAUUUAGCUAUUCCUAACUAUUACAAUACCUAAAGUUUUGAGGCAAUCAAAUGCCAUAGUAGUGGGGGCCAGGGGAAAGAAUUAGGGCAGGAGAUGAAAAGAUUUGAAUCCCUAGGAAAUCACUUCACAACACAGGUAUUUGUUACUCAUCUGUGUGUUAGUUCCAGCAGUCUCUAUGUAUAGUAAAUGUACUUUUUACAAGAGCAUUCAGUGAUAGGAUAAGGGAGAAUGACUUUAGAAGAGGAGAGGUUUAAGUUUGAUAUUAGGAAGAAGUUAUUUACUCAAAUGGUGCUGAGGCCCUGGCACAGAUUACCCAGAGAAGCUGUGGCUGCCCCAUCCCUGGAAGUGUCCAAGGCCAGGUUGGACAGGGUUUGGAGCAACCUGGGAUAGUGGAAGGUGUCCCUGCUCAUGGCAGGGGGUGGAAUGAGAUGAACUUAAAGGUCCCAGCCCAAACCAUUCUGGGAUUCUAUGAUUUACUUCAUAGCAACAUUUUCCAGGCUUUCUGAAUGAAUGAUUGUUAAUGUGUGGAAUAAUAAACCAUUUAUAUUUGUUAAUGUGUUGGUUUUUGUUGUUGUUGUUGUUGUUAUUGAAAAGGGCCUGAGGGAAGUGCAGCGAGGAAGCUGUUGAUAGGCAGAGAAGAUCACUGUAGAUGUAUGGCAGAACUUGUUAUGGGAAAAGAAAAACUUGAGCUGCAUGAAACAGCAAAGUGAGGCUUCUGAGCUUUGCCCUGCCCUGAGGAAAUGGCUUUGUGUUUGUCCUCAGUCACUUCUCAGGGUGCUUUGUCACUAUCCACUGAGUUGGAUCCUGUUUCCUGUCUGCAGUGGAUUUGUUUUAGGGAUGCUGUGGAGCUGUGUGUCAACAUCCAGAGUGUGCUUUGGUCCCUCAGAGCUGCCCUGGGAGGCAGCUGAGCAGAUGGGCUCCUCCCGGGUGUUCCUGUGGCAGGAGCUCCCCAGAGAGCAGCAGUGCAGGUGCCAGGACCAGAGCAGCAGGACCUUCAGGAGAAGGAAGGGGGAGGACAGCAUGGACAGCAUGCCAGGAAGAGGCAGCCAGAAGAGGAGAAGGGAGCCCCUAAAUGGAGAAACAGCAGCAGUCAUCUGUGCCUAGGCCUUCAGCUAUAAUGGUUUUGUCUACUCCGCUUCAGGCUGCAAAGCAGUUACAUCACAGAGUCUGAAUGCUUUAUUCUGAAAAUGGAUCCACAUCUUAAUAGUGGCUAACAUCUGAGCAAGUGGCAAUGGGAAUGAUGCCAUAAAUUUGCUCGAUACCCAGUCCUUUUACUCAUCAGUUGCAGUGACAAGCUAUGGUUGUCUCCUUUUGUGUUCCAGCCUCUUCAUUUCUUCACCAAUGCCAACUGAUACCUUUUUUUCCUCCUGUUAUAAAAGCCUCUUUCCUCAGUAAACUCUUAAUUUAUUGAUGAAAGCACAAUAGUCCCAAGCUAUGCCACACAGAACAGCUUCAGCCUCUUACAGCUGUGUAGCACCUCGAGGGUGGAGAUGAAUUCUGCUGGAGUUUUUCCAGGGGCUCCAGUCACUUCAGUGCUUUCAAGCUUUUUAUUAUGCUGCCUCCAGAUAUACUCUGCCCCUUGUAUUUAUUGAUUGUUUUCCUUCUGAAUCAGGUUGAUAAUAGCAAGCAGAUUUUUGAUUAAUUAUGUUUAUAUUCCUUUCUUCAUCGAGUGUUUCCAAUCACUAUCUAGUGAUGGCAAUGUUGAUCAUUAUCACUGAUCUGUCCUGGACUCCUGAUUGAUGUUUACUGAUUCCCACAUUUGUUUAUCACUAGCUCAUGACACUCCUCAUUUUAAGAAGCAUUCAGAAGUUCAGUAGGGCAUCUUAAUGCUCUGAAAAGAAACUGAAAAUGUAUGACUUGCUAAAAAAGAUCAGUAUAAGUUGCAUACAACAGAUUACUGAAUAUGUUAUUUGCUUUCCAAAUUUUGAUGUGCUAAAAUAAACCCCUAUCAUUUAUACAUGGUGACUUGUUUUUACUUGCUCUGAUCACCACACUUGGAGUCAUUUAUACUGCUUCUGCUACAGUCAUCUCACUGGUCCUCCUCAGCUUUCCUCUGGUGAAAUGUUCCCCCCAAAACCACAUGAGUGUAUCCCCACAGAUAAUCAACCUUAAACCUGUCCUGAAGUUUUUAUGAUGGAAGAAUGUUAUGUAUACAAGAAAAAAAAAAAAGCCAAAACAAAUAACCACUUCCAGAAACAGACUAAUGUUGUCAACUUAGAAGCUGUUUUUAGGCUCCUCUGAGAUUUAUACAGCUUUUCCCUCUUUAACAAUGAGGCUAGAGCUUCUCCUAAAACAGGUGGAAUUGUGCACAACUUUGAGAAGCCAGGUGGUUACAAGCAGUAGAAGAUGAGGUCAUUAUUUGUAAAAUGCUUUAUAAAAUCAGAAUUAUCAAUCACUCUUAUUGAUUAACAGGUGACUUGCUACAAGCCAUCAGCAGACCCCAAGCAGCCUCUGCAGGAGGGAUGUUGUUAACUCUGACCUUUGGAUUUUUAGGAUGCAUUCUUCAAAAAUCAGCGUAGACUUAGAAAGGACAGGACCCACAGAGUGCAAGAUAACAUGCAAUUGUCUUUAUAUGUAUUUUAUUACAAAGAAAUUCUCCAAGGACCUUCAGUCUUUUGCUACAGCAUUUUGUAAAUGUCAUAUAAAAGCACUGCCCUCUACUGCUCAGGGGCUUUCAUUAACAACUGUUUAAUUAGCAAAAAACCCACACUUUUUUUAAUGAGAAUGAUUUUAUGGGCUUGCCUGUAAAAAAAACAAAAAAGUACUCUGGACCUUUUUAUUAAAAGAAAAAUGCUCAUUUAUAAUUUCUAAGAAACAUGAACCACCUGUGUUCUUAUGUUUACAUGGAGAACUAAUAAUUCAAGAGUUUAGAAGCAGCUUUAUGCAUCUUCUCAGGCAGUGGUAAAGGAAAACACAUUUUCAAGUAAUUGCACCUUUCAAAACUAUCCUUAAAAUCUUCCAUUUUGUGGAAUUGUGACCACAGGAAGGCAAAAGAACAGGAGGAUUUCAAGUUGCGAAGAUGCAAUUGGAGAAAAAGACUUGAUUCUCAAAGUAAAGGCAAUGCAAUCUGUUCAAGCUGUCUGGAGAAAAUUCUUGUUGCUAUUUAUCUGCUAAUUUUACAGUACAUUUUCUUAAGAAAUGUAAGGUGCAAAACACAUGUGAAAAACAAGCUGAUAAAGAUGCAGAAAUACUGUUAAUAGAGUCACAGCAAACUGGGGAUGCGACAGCCAUUAUAUCAUAGGAGUCAGGAUGUCACACCUGGCACUAGACUAGGCUUCAACAAGAUUUUCUGGAGAAAAUUAGAGCUUAACUUUGCCUUGUGACUCCAUUUUAUAAAGAUGAAACUUGGACUCAUUAGCCAAUAGAGAACUUCAGCCCAUCCCAACCAAUUGGGGGCUACUAAGGAUUAUAAAUUGCUUCUGAGGCAGGUGGGCUCACUUACUCCUUGGGAGUAUUUGUGCUUUUGGGGAGGCAUCUGAGGAGAGAAGAUUUUUGUGUGAAGUUUGUGUGUUGAGAGAGAUUUAAAUUAUGGAAGCUUUCUGGGGUUUAGUUAACAUGUUUCAGGUAAAGUUGGGGUUUAUUUUAAGGGAUAUUUUUAUUGUGCUAAUUGUUGGCAUGAGCUCUAAUGUUGUUGUGGCUUUGUAUUCCUAUGUAAGUAAUGGCUUUUGGUAGAAUAUUGGUUUUUAGUGGUGUUAUAGGUAUUUAAAAUUUUAAUUUGGUUUGGGGAGUCCAAAUAGCAGAGUUAAUGAAUCUUCUGCAGAGUAUGUGAAUAUAAAGGCAAACCGUAAUGGACUUCUUAAUAUGCAAAAGAUAAAUAUAGUUGUUCUCUUAUGCUGCACCUCUUAUUGCAAAAAGUCUUUUGUGGGAGAAAUUUGUUGGAGACGUUAUUUGUUUGGGUGUGGCUGUUCUGUUUUGUUAUGACAUGCCUGGUUUAGGGAAUAAAAAGCAGAGCCUUUUUCAUGCUAGUUUAAAGGCGUACAAAAUGGCUGGGGAUUUAUCUGCAGAUCAGAUGCCAAAGGCUGGCUUGGUUCAGCCUGGGAGGCAGCACAGGUUUUGCCCUCCCCUCUCUGUUCCAUCUUUCCUGUAAAUUGGCAGAGGGCCUUGGAAAGCACUGGACUCUUCCCAUCAGACACCAGUGAAGGCUCAGCAAAAGUUCAACAGCAAAGUACAGAAACACAAAUCUGUGACUGGGCUUCUGAAACAAGCUGGGCUUUGUUGGGAGCAGGAGCUUUCUGGAAUGUGCAUGGGGAUGAGGAAUAAUCCAGCAGGGUGAGCGCUGGCCGGGGCUGGGAGUGCAGCUGAGCGCUCUGGGCUCUCCAUCCUCUCUUGCAGAGCGCGGCCAUGGGGGAUGCAGCACCAGCCCAGCAGCCUGAGCCCAGGGCUGCUCGCCGCCGGCUCUUCGAGGCCAGCAUGAGGAGCGUGGCCAGGAGACUCCGAACUUUCCAGCAGUGGCCCCGCACUGCCCCUGUGUCUGCCCGCGACCUGGUGGAGGCUGGAUUUUUCUACCUGGGCCCCGGGGAUGAAGUGCAGUGUUUCUGCUGUGGGGGUAUCCUGAAGGAUUGGAGACCUGGUGAUUGCCCCAUGAUAGAGCACCUGCAUUUCUUCCCUUCCUGUAAAUACCUCUCUGGUGAGGAUGUUGGGAACCAGGAGAUGCUGUCCCUGCAGGAGAUCUUUGACACUGUGGAUGGGCAGUUCCUGAGUGUCUUGCAGGGGAUAGUCAGUGAGGAGACAGCCCAGCCCAACGAGCCAGAGUACCCUGAGAUGGUGACAGAGGAGAUGAGGCUGUCUACGUUUGAGAACUGGCCACAAAAUUCCAGCAUGCAUCCAGAGCAACUGGCUAGAGCAGGGUUCUUUUACACAGGACGAGGAGAUGUAGUGAGGUGUUUUUACUGUGAUGGAGGCGUGAGGAGCUGGUCCUUUGGAGAUGAUCCUUGGAGGGAACAUGCCAAAUGGUACCCAGAGUGUGAAUUUUUGCUGCACUCAAGGGGGAGAGAAUUUGUUAACAGCGUUCAGGCGACAUUUUCUAGUACCCUGCUGGCUCCAAGACAUUCCUGGGAUCAGACUGAGCAAGACUCCUCUUCCUCCCAAGAUCCCCUGAGGGACUGGAAAUUGUUGGCUCAUCCUUCUGAGGAUCAGAGUUCCAUAGUGCAGAAUGUCCUGCAGAUGGGCUUUGACCCCACCUGGGUGGCAAACCUGGUAGAGAAUAAAUUUGUGUUGACUGGGACUUUCUACGUGUCUGAGUCUGAGCUGAUUUCAGACCUGCUGCAGUCAGGCUGGGGGGCCAGCAGCAGUGCAGGAGGAAGGAGAGGUGCUGUUCAGAGAGAGACUGGAACAUCAAGACAAGAAAUGCGAUCUGUGUGGCAGAAGGAAUCAGAUGAGUCUCAGCUGAGCACAGAAGAACAGCUCCGGCGCCUGCGAGAGGAGAGGACGUGCAAAGUGUGCAUGGACAAAGAUGUGUCUGUUGUGUUUGUGCCCUGUGGCCACCUGGUAGCUUGUGAAGAAUGUGCCCUCAAUUUGAGGCUGUGUCCCAUCUGCAGGGCUGGCAUCCAGGGCCGUGUCAGAGCCUUCAUGUCCUGAGCCAUGGUGCACCCAAGGGGAAGAGAAGUCCAUACAGCUCACUCCUAACUCAGCAGAGGGAGAAAAUAAGUCAAUAGUUUGCUGGAGCAAUCUUCUUUUUGCAGGGUAGCUUGGCAUAAGUGUAAAAACUCACUAAAUGUGGCUCCCAUGCACAGUGUUUCUAGGAAGAACUGCUGAUUUUAUCUGCUUCUGCUUUAGGACUGCUCCAGGAAAACUCUGCUGGGUUCUUUUGUCCUCCAAAAUGAGGUUUUUAUUGUCAAGGGAUUCUCCUUCUCUGCAUUUUUGUGUUCUCAAGUGAAUCUUUGCUCUGUGUUGAAAUCGAAGACUGUUUUCAUCAGACUUCUCUGGUUCUUUCUCACUCACUUAGCAGUUGUCUAGAGAUUAUUCUUUUAGUGAUUCCUUCAGGAAGUUUGAUUGAAAAUUGGAAUAUUUUUUGUACAAAAUGCAUUCCAUUGGGACUAGAAUACUCAGCAACGUGUUGUUGGGGAGGGAGAAUCUACCUUUUUCUCCCCUUUUUGCUGUCUUUUUUUUAUCUUCUUUUUGUUCAAUUUUCAACAAUUGAUGAAACAUUUCAGUAAUACUCAAAUUUGCAUAACUAAGUGGAAAAGUCUGGCCUAACUCUCCAAGCUCUUUGCUCUCAGCUGACCUCCCCUGGUGGAAAGCUCUGUGCUCAGGGUCACUGGGUGGUCUCCUGAAAGUUUCUUAUGGAGCUCUUCCCUGGCUGUUGGGUAUUAUCCUGGUGCAAAACUGCUCUGGAAACACACCUUACUAGAACAUCUCUUUGCUGGCUAAACUGGGGAUUCUUAUUUAAAAUGGAAUAUUCUAUCAUGUAGCAAGAGAGUAAGUUUCAUCCCCACUAUCCCUUGUUAAGUGAAGGGAAAGGAAAUACAUUUUUAAAAUUAAACUGUUCUUUUUAAUGGAAUAAAAAGUUUCCUUUAUUUAA